UACAGACCACUCCACCUCCUUUACAGCCUGAGAGGUCUUCAUGGACAGAAAGACUGGAACUGCAGCCAUCUAUCAACAGGAGGUAACUGUUCGGCAAAACACAGACAGUUUAUUGGAAGGACCAUAAAGUAACUUGGAAAAUUGUCGAAAAGAUGAAGAUUUUGAGGAAUUAAAGGAAACUUAGGGAAAUUGUGGGAAACCAUCUACGGCAAGCGUCCCGGGCUGGAGAACAAUUUCUCUUCUUGCAAACCAUCCUCGAAAUUCAUCCAACAAAUUCUGAAUACUAUGGAGCUACCUGGUGUGGCCAGGCAAGGAGAGCCAUGCUGAGUGGACUUAAAAACGAGGAUAAAACGAGGAUGAGUGAAAGGCCUUGUGAGUGCAUGGCUAAGGCAUGAGGAGGCAAAUCACCAAAAAAAACAGAAACCUGCUGCUUUUAAUGUAAACACGCAGCACCAUGCCAACCUUGCUGCCAACCUGGUACAAGAGGACCCAAACCACAGCAGGACACACACCCCUGCUCUUACUCUUCUUUGUUAUCUUAAACCACCAGAUUCACAUGCAGGUAACAGGCUCAGUGCUUGAGAGUCUGAUAGCUAAACGGACUGAAUACUGGGAGAGCUGCAACACAACACUGGCAACGAGCACACUCUCAGAAACUGGAAUCUACUGUAAAGGAAUGUUUGACAUGUUUGUCUGUUGGCCCCAUUCAUCUCCCGGGAAUGUGUCAGUCCCCUGUCCUUCUUACUUACCAUGGAUCAGCAAGGAGGUCUCCAGGAGGGCACACCGUGAAUGCUUGGAAAAUGGAAGGUGGCGACAGAGGGAGAAUUCUACUGAGCCCUGGAGGGAUGACUCAGAAUGUAAAGAGGACCAUUACUUCAAAGACAAGGAGAAGGAAUUGCUUCGCCAGACAGCCCUCAGAGUCAUCUCUGUCAUUGGCUAUUCCCUGUCCCUGUUCUCUCUCACACUGGCUACUCUUCUGAUGGGCAUGUUAAGGAAGCUCCACUGUACCAGGAACUACAUUCACAUGAAUCUAUUUGUGUCAUUCAUCCUGAGAGCCAUGGCUGUCAUCUCGAAGGAAAUCAUAUUAUACAUCAUGUACUCUAAGCUACCCAAAGAUGACCCAGGAUGGAACUCCUACUCAAGCUCUCCGAUAGCGUUGUUGUGUAAACUCUCCAAAGUGUGCAUGGAAUACUUUGUGGCUUGUAACUACUUCUGGCUCUUGGUGGAGGCCAUUUUCCUCCACAUGCUGCUCUUCACAGCUGUGCUAACCAAGAGAUGUUUGCUGAAGAAAUACAUGCUUCUAGGAUGGGGAACACCUAUUUUGUUUGUAACACCAUGGACAGUGGUCAAGAUUUUAUAUGAAAACACAGAAUGCUGGUCAAUUGUGAACAGAUGGUUUUGGUGGAUAAUAAGAGGCCCGAUCACUUUUUCAGUGCUGGUCAUUUUCUUCUUAUUCGUCAAGAUUCUCAUGCUGCUGCUGUCAAAGCUGAAAGCAGAUCAGGUGAAAUUUACAGACUACAGAUACAGCUUGGCCAGAGCAACACUGGUACUGAUUCCUUUGCUGGGAAUCCAUGAAGUGGUUUUCACUGUGCUGAUAGAUGAAUGUGUGGAGGGCAGCAGUCGCUAUGCCAGGAACUUCAUCAACCUCACCCUCAGCUCAUUUCAGGGAUUCUUGGUUGCUGUGCUGUACUGUUUUGCUAAUGGAGAGGUCCAAGCUGAACUGAAGAAGCGCUGGCAGCUCUUCCUGUUCACCAACCACUUUCAGAUCAGGAGCUGUUUUCGGAGUGUCUCCCUAAAGCACCUGUGGAAGUUCACUGGAGGGCGCCACCCACAGUGCUCCCAGCAGAGUGACUGCUACGACGAGGAUGGCACCUCUGCAUCACACCCGCACCUGUUUCAGGUGGCUGUACAUGGAAUAGAUGGGGGGCUUGGAAUAGGAGAGGUUAAAGGUCAGAGGAUGAAGGUCUGUGGCACAACAGGGCUUGACUUUCUCACCAGGAAAAGCUUGUCCAUUAGUGAUGGAGAGAUGACACUUGGGGAGACAAUGGAAGAGAUUCUGGAGGAGAGUGAGUUCUAAACAAGCUCAUUAGCUUGGUCACCAGUGGGAUAAUGUCACAUUGGCAAUACUGUUACUUAUUCAACCCUCCGAGACCCACCAUAGAACCAUUUUUAAGGGGAGAAAGCAGGUCAUAGCAAGUCAAAGUUUUUCUAGUCAUAAAUUUGUAAUAAACAUUGUGUUUUGGUUAAGCAUCCAUUCAAACAUACAAAAUUUUAUAGUGUAGAAGGCCUUAGAACAUUAUGAUCAAGUAUAUGAUGGCCGUUCUCACGUUCAAUUGUGUCUUAUAAAUUGUUGCAGCAAUUUUUGGGUUGAUACCAUUUGUCAUACAGAUAUUAUGCCAAAUUCAGCCAUAACCAAAAAGUCCCACCAAAAAACAAAUGAUGACACCAAGGCCUUGAACACCAUGUGGGAGCAAAUGCUUUGACAUUUGGAUAUUUUGGCAUUUGGAUGUUGAACACCUCUGGAUAUUGCUAAGAAACUCUCUUAUUGUCAAUAUACCUAGGAUAGCCAUACCUCUUUUGAAUGUGUGUAGGUCUCUUACCUGUGACUGUAAAAUUGUACAAGGCUGUGAUUAUCCAAGGGGUCACAAUAGGUCAGUUAAUACAGUAAGGUCAAGUAGGUCAAGGUCAAGCAAGUUCCAAAAAAUUGUCUCACUCCAGUUAAUUGCUAUGUACAGAUAUCUGCAUAUAUAUGCAAAAUCUGUCGGUGACAGGAUGUGUAUGAUAGUUUUUAAAAGAUUAGCGCAAAUAAACUCCUACGCAAGAAAAUUCAGUGAUUACAGUAAUUUAAGUAGAAUAUAUUUAUUUUGCUGUGAAAAUUGAAUACUGGUGUCACCAGGAGUAUACUGGUUGUUCCUUUGCAAAUAUGGAAGUUGCCAUGUGUGGACUUCUGUGUGCACUGUACUUAAAGGAAUAGUUUGAAUUGUUUGAAAUGAGGAUGCAUGAGGUUCUUAUCCACAGUCAAUUUAUUGCCUACAGUAGAAGGGCAUGCCCCCAGUUUGGAAAAGCAGAUAGCAAGAAGCUAACAAUGUACUGCUGUGUAUCGGGGACAGCAGCAAAAUGUAUUUUAGUCACCUAAAAAACAGUGUACCUGGGCUAAAAUUGGAAUAUUUUCACAUUUUCUGGAGCUGUUAAAUCCAUCUUUGCUCCCCUCAAAGCCAUAAGUAUGUUUUGAAGAAAACAGUUAUUAUAUCUAAAGUCCAGUUCAGACCAUUGAUUUGCAAUGAGACAAAACCGUUUUAGAAUGUUUCACAGAAAAUUUGUAGCAGUGUAAACUUUUGUGGUCUGACCUUGACUCAAGCCAGGUGAUGGUGUCACCUGCAACUUAGCUGGUGAAAUCACCAGUGGCUGGUUUUAGAAAGUAAAGCACAUCACCUGUUUUUUUCAGCCAGUCAACUUGUAGUGAAGUCUGCUGGUUAAAUCAAAAUGAAUGCAGAGGGCACGUUCACUUGCUGAGGCAGGUGCUCUGUCCCCUCUGAGCCCACCGUUUCUGUCCUCAUGGUGUGCCGGUAUGGGACAGUGGGUUGCUGCUGCUGCUCACUGUAUGUGCUUAUGCCCCCCCAAACACACACAUUCUCACUGACUGAUUAAUUGGUGCUGAUUAUUUAUAUUAUUGUGGCAUAUUUAUUAUAAAUACAGUCCAACUGAUGCUCGUUUCGUUUCUGUUUUUCCCCAUUUUAACACUAAAAAUACAACUGUAGCCAGUAUCUCACUGUCAUCAUUUAGAAGCUGCAAAUUAUAAUCAGCCACAAAAUAAGCCUGAAAAGCUGGAAAUCAGAAUGGAAGAGAGUUGUUGCAUAAAGAUGAUAGACCGUCCCAUCUAGUUGCAUUGCUGUAAACCGGCAGGUUUGAACAACAUUUCAGAAUGGCACAUUGCAAGUAGGUGCCUGUUUCAACUAAUCUUGUCGCAAAUCCUUGGUCUCAACUGGGCUAAACAGCCCUCUACUGCUGCCUUGAUUGAGCCAGUUGUGACUAAAGUGAUGCGUGUAAGUGUGAGUGUGUGACUGGAUUCAAGAGGUGUUAAACAGUCUUUUUGCCAGGGGGAUGAAGGAUCUCCUGAAACACUCUGUCUCUAAGCCGACUGCUGCAGCUGCUCCUCUUGCUCCAGGAGGCUGUGGAGAGGGUGUCUGCUAUUGUCCAUUAUAGCUUUCAGUUUGUUCAAUGUGCCCCUCUCCACCACAGUUCUUAGUGGGUCCAGUCUCCUGCUAAGCACUGAGCCAGCUUUUUUAACCAACUUGUCCAAACGUUUGGUGCUUUUGUCUGUCAAGCUUCUUCCCCAGUACACUGCAGCAUACAAAAAUGCACUGGCCACCACUGUAUAAUAGAACAUGGUCAACAUCUCCACACACACAUCAAAGGACCUCAGUGUUCGCAGUAAGAACAGGUGGCUCUGCCCCCUCCUAUUUGUAGGUGUGCACCACCUCAAUGUCCUCCCCCUGUAUGGAGACUGGUUGAUGGUGUGACUUCUUUCUUCUGAAAUCCACCAUCCUUGUUUUGCUGUGUUCAGGUGGAGACACCACUCUUGAUUGCUCUUGAUACAAGCCACAAUAGCUGUAUCGUCAGAGUAUUUUUGUAUGAGGUAGGACUCUGAGUUGUACUUAAAAUCCGCUGUGUAGAGUGGGAAAAGGAAGGGUGCUAAAACAGUUCCCUGUGGAGCACCAGUCCUGCUCCUGACCAUACCCGCGACACAGCUUCCAAAUCUGACAUACUGAGGCCGCCCUGUCAGGUAGUCUGUUAUCCAGGAGGUCAGGAAGCGAUCUACUCCCAUCCCCUCCAACCGGUCUCUCAGUAUGGGGGGCUGAAUAGUAUUAAAAGCACUUGAAAAGUCAAGAAAAAUGAUCCUCACACAACAUCCUGGCUCCUCCAAGUAGGUAUAGGCCUGAUGCAGCAUGUAAAGAACCGCAUCUUCCACUCCCAUGUGCUCCUGACAGGCGCUUCUGGGACUUCAUAAUGUAUGAUGUUAAGGCCACCAGUCGAGAGUCAUUUAACUUGGCCGGGCACUCGACUUUGGGCACCGGUACUGCACCGGGACUUUGCCUGUUUGAAGACUCCUGUUAAAGAGCCACUGAAGGGGUUCCACUAGCUGGGCUGCACAGUCUUUCAGGAGCCUUGGACACACUCCAUCCAGGCCCGCAGCUUUUAACUGUACACAGUUUCCUGAGCUCCGCCCUCAUCUUGUCUGCUCUAAAGGACUGUGUUAGUUGGCUGUGGGUGGUAGCUGUAGCUGCAGUAGUGGAGGAGGGGCUACUAGCAGGUGACACUGUGGAAGAGAGGAUGGAUGCAAGGGUAGGGUGAACACUGCCCCCUCCAUCAAACCUAUUAAGAAACAGGUUGAAGUUGUUGGCUUUGUCCACAUCACCAUCCAUAACCUGGCUAUUCUUCUUUGAAUAGCUUGUGAUGUUCCUCAUUCCCUUCCACACCUCUCUGACGUUGUUCUGCUGCAGCUUACUCUCCACCUUUCUUUUGUAGUCCAGCUUUGCCUGUCUCAGUCUACCCUUCAGCUCAAGCUGAACCUCCCGGAGCCUCUCCUUGUUCCCUUUCUUGAACGCCAGAUUUUUCUGGUUGAGGAGCUGCUUGCUAUUAUUGUAAACUGAGGGUUUAUUAUUGGGGAAGCAGUGUACAGUCUUUACUGGAAUCACAGUGUCGCUACAGAAGUUUAUAUAUACUGUUAUAUAUCCACCCUCUUGUCCAUGUUCAUGUUGUCCUGUGGCUCCAGUAGUACAGUCCAGUCUGUACAUUCAACACAGUCCCUGAGAGACUCACUGCUCUCCGGGAACCACUUCCUGACUGAGCGGGUGGUAACAGGCAACUUUAAUACAAAGGGUUUUUAUGUAGGCUGGAGAGAGACCAGAUUAUGAUCUGAUCUGCCAAGUGGUAGGGCAGAGGCACCGCAGGUGUCCUUGGCAUUUCCAUAAAACAAAUCUAGUGUCUUAUUCUCCCUGGUGGGCAGUCCACAUACUGAACAGACCCAGUCAGAUGGGAGGAGAGAGCAGUGUUGUUAAAAUCCCCCAUUAUUGUAAUGAAUGCACUAGGAUGCUGAGUCUGAAUCCUAGCGACAGUUUCAUGGAUGUCGUCACACGCCACUGCUGUCACUGCCUGUGGUGGAAUGUAGACAAUAAUGGCGACAAUGUGUGAAAACUCCCGUGGUACAUAAAACGGUCUAAGACCGACUUCCAACAGUUCAAUAUCCUGUGAGCAGAUCUUGUCCUUCACCAUGAUAUGUCCAGGAUGACACCAUUUAUUGUUCACAAGCAGGAUCAUUCCCCCACCUCUUUUUUUGCCGUUCGUCUUCGCGACCCUGUCUGCUCGCACAGUAGAGAAGCCAGGUUGGUUUACACAGGAGUCAGGCACGUUGUCAUUCAGCCACGUCUCCAUGAAGCACAUGAGACUACACUCCCUGUAGAGUCGUCGGCUCCUCACCAGUGCCAGCAGCUCUUCACAUGGAUAGUGAGUUUACAUCCCCCAUAAGGACUGAUGGCGGGAAAGGCUUGUAUCUCCAACUCCUAGCCUUUAGCUUAGCUCCUGCUUUGCAGCCUCUGAUGGCUUCCUCAGCUCAGCCGAUAUCAGGUGUCUAACUCCGCAAGUGAUUCCUCUCAGAGCCAGAAGGUCAUCCCUCAUCACAUUGGAAAAAUUAACAAACAAAAAAACACACUCAAACAUGGCUUAAAAACAGGAGCUACUCAGACUUGCUGCCACUUUAACUGGCGUACACCAUAAAAAUAUUAUUAUUAUUAUUAUUAUUCAUGUGACUUUGUUGAAACGAAACUAAGCCUUUAAAACACCAGUGUCACACAAUAACAUAUCAGUAACACACACAACUAACUGACUGAGGUAGCAUUAAACGCAACCACUCCCACACUCUGCCAGGUGAAAUGACUGUUUUUAUUAGAGAGGUCUAGUUAGCCUGAGUGUCAGACUGAAGCUCCCAGAACCUUCAGUCUGGCAUCGCCUCCAUUGAAGGCGAUUUACAAGGGGGAGGGAAUUUGAUUUUUCCCUAACCAAUCAGUAGAGAUCAACUACUCACCCAGAAUCUGACGUCAUUAGUAUCCAUGCCUCGGGGUUGCCGAAAACAAGCGAGCAUUGCCCAUUUAAAAUGUCUCCAUCGUUGUGCAUGCCCAGCUGCAUUGCCGUUAAAUCCAGUUUAGCAGCUUCCUUAAUUUGGUCCUCCAUUAACGCGAGUAGUGGCGAAAUACCUCGAUAGCAUCGUUAAUGUGGUCUGUAGGAUCUGUAGCAGUCGCCAUUGUUGCUAUCCUCACCAGUUACCCACCAGCGCACAGCUUGACAUCAGCGUGGUGCUGAUUGGCUAAUCGCUAGACCCGCCCCCACCCCCGGCGUUCAUUGGUCCUUCCAUUGUUUGGAGGAGAUAAAUCGCAAAUUCAUUGCAGUAGGCCAGACCAGAGAUGCAAGCCUACUCAGUUGAGUGGGCGGGGUCUAUGGUCUGGAACCAGGCUAAGGUCUGGUGGCUUUGAAACAGAAUAGAUCAUACCGUCAGUUCCCCUUCGGAAACAGCUAUUUGAUGGCAAGGUGAAACAGAGAUGAUAUUCUGAAUCUAGUGUAAACUUAAACUGAUAUUUUUUUAAGUGAACCAUUUUUAGGUGGCUAAUAUGUUUUGCUGCUGCCCCUGUCCACAGCAGAACAUUGCUUAGCUUCUGCAGCUGUACUCCUGCCUGCUUCCCCAAACUUGGGGCGUGUCAACCACCAUCUUCUGUAGCUAAUGCAAUGACUAUGGAUAAGUGCCUCAUACAACCCCACUUUGAGAAAUUCAUUAAAAAGAAUAUAAAUUUAAAAAAACAUCUUUUUAUUAUGUUUGCCAGGGGCGGCACGGUGGUGUGGUGGUUAGCACUCUCACCUCACAGCAAGAGGGUUGCCGGUUCAAUCCCGGGCGUGGGAGCCCUUCUGUGCGGAGUUUGCAUGUUCUCCCUGUGUCAGUGCGGGUUCUCUCCGGGCACUCCGGCUUCCUCCCACAGUCCAAAGACAUGCAGACUGGGGACUAGGUUAAUUGAUAACUCUAAAUUGUCCAUAGGUGUGAAUGUGAGCGUGAAUGGUUGCUUUUACACAAAUUAACCUCUCCUGAACCAAAAUAACCAAUCAGAUCCACAAGGUUUCUAAAGCCCUUUUUUCCACUGCACAAAAUUUCAAUUCAAUUUUACUUUACAGCAUACGACAUCCCUCUGUCCUUAGGACCCUCACAGUGGAUAAGGAAAAACUCCCCCAAAAAAACCUGGGGAAAAAACGGUAGAAACCUCAGGAAGAGCAACUGAGGAGGGAUCCCUCCUCCAGGACAGACAGAUGUGCAAUUGAUGUCUUUCAAAAUACAACAGCUUCUAUAAGGCAAUGAAUAUUGUGGAGGGCGUGGUCAUAUGCCUAUAAAGUUGCGUGCUGAUCUGUGAAACCCUUGAGAUGUUAUACACCUUUAUGUGAUCAGCCACACCCUCCGCAAUAUUCAUUGCCUUAUAGAAGCUCAAAGUUUUCCAACUUUUGCCAAGGGGGAACUUUAAAUAUUGGUCCCUAGAUUAUGUUCACUGAGUUUCAUGCAGAUUGGUCAAACUUGAUGAUGUAAUAUUCCUUCAUUCGCAUUCUCCCAUGACCCUCUACCACUGAGCCAAAUUUCACAUGAAUUGACCAAAUCAGUCAGGAGAAAAACGUGAAACAGAGACACAGACAGACACACCCACAGAGUUUUCGUCAUUAUAUAGUAAGAUAUUUACCUCUUUCAGAAUAUAACAACAGUUUCAGUAAAGAACUGAUUUUGGGCAUAAACUUAAGCUUUUAGUCACAGAGAUUUAUAUUAAAUAAAACGGGCAGAGAGUUGCAAAAUGAGAUUGUUGACAAGCUAGUGAAUAUUUUAUUAAUUGACACACACCAACUAGCAGCAUGGGGUUGCCACUGUGAAUGCACUGCUCCAAACUGGUAAUGUUGAGAAUUUAAAUAAUUCUCUGGCAAGGGAGUUUCAGGAAAAUUUGGCCACUGGGUCACUCGAAUUAAAUUAAAACAAUUAUAUUUUACAACUUGUAGUACAUAUGAAUUGCAUUCAACCAGUUGUAUAAAUCAGACUGAGUACUGAAAUGAAGAAUGGACCAAAAUGUUUACUGUACAUUGAACAAUGAAUGAGGCUUAUAGAUGUAAUGUUUUUUUCAUCAUCGCCUUCAUCAUCUAAAGGCCAUAUUCAGAUGUUAUAAACACUUCUCUUUUGUUAGUGUUCUACACUUAUAGCAUAAACAUAUAAUUAAUUAGAUACAGUUGUAGGCAUUAUAAUGUCACUUUUCUUAUUUAUACCCACAGUAAACCUUACAGUGAACCUUGUACUAUACAAACACAACAGCUCUGUUAAGUAUUUUUUACAGAUCUGUGUUUAAUUAACCAUGUAAAACAUAACAUGUUACUAUGUCAGGCCACUUGGAAAUAUCUAUAUGACACAGCAUCUGAACUAAAAUGUGUGUAUGUAAAAACCAUGUAUUUGUUCUCUGAAUGUAGUGCAAAGACUCUUUGUGCAGCAAGCUUUACAGUUUUCUAUUCAUAAGAGGCUUAAAAUGUAUCAAAUGCAUUGUUGUACCGAUAAAACUAUCACCAUUUGUACAUGUAGAAUCACAACAAUGAAUGUGCACAAAUUAAACGACAGUUCACUGUUAGUACUGUCUUCGUUUUUUCAUCGUAUAUGGACAUGAGAGAAUUUAAUUUAACUUAUUUAUUUAUACAGGAAAGAAUUAAAAGUAACAUUAGAUGUGAUACAGGUAAACUGGCCCGACUUAGUUAAAACUGGUUUUCAGCAGGUUCCUGUUCUGCAGCACAUAAAAAACAAAAUCACAUUACAAUACAAAACAAAAACAAUCACAGA